AACAGUAUAGGCGGCCCAUUUAACCACAGAAUUCACAAGACAUUACGAUUCCCCCUUUCUGAAGAGGAAAUCACAAAUCAGCGACGAAGAACAACGAACGAACCCUAAAUUUCCCGAUCAUGUCGCCGAAUAGGAAUAUGAGAUCGAUAUUUGCGCAGUGCCGCAAUUUCUCUAAGGCGUCCCGGUCCCGCCGCAAUUUAUCUUCAACCGCCGGUAGUAGCAAAGCUAUGUUCUUAAUUCAAGGUACAGGAGGGAUUCUGGGAUUGAUCUCAGGUUAUUAUUUCUAUGGAGGUAAAGUAGCUAAAUAUGAGGAGCUACGACAACAGAUUGAAAUAGAUGUUUUGAGGAAUCCUGAGCAAGUCGAGGAUUUGAGGACAAAAAUGUGGCCUGAAUUUAGGAAGAUGGCCUUGUUUACAAAACAAAUAGUGAAGAUGUGGUCUGACUCUGAAGCUAAGUGUGGAGAAGAAUGUGGUCAUUGUGUGUUGCGCAGGCGUUAAUUGUAUGUUUCUUUUUUUCAUUGUAAGAGAAGAGAUAUAUAUAUAUAUAUAUAUAUAUAUAUAUAUAUGCUUAUAGGAAUGAAUGAGAGAGAACGAACAAGCAUCACUUCCAAGUUCUAACAAGUAAAAUAAAAGUCAGAGUUAGCUUCAGACUUGAGCUGAAAUGUAGGGGGAUAACGAAAGAAGAAGAAGCUUAAAUGGUUGAAACUUGAAAGUAAUGAUGCACACUACCAAAUCGGCAGUU